CGGCUUCUGCAAAGCGUACUAAGCUGACGUCAGCCCGGUACCGAUGAAUAACCGGCAGCGCUGACGAGAGCUGUGCGUUGGCCCGUUGUGUGUCUCUUUUGUCCGCUAAUCCCCUGACGAACGUGCUAACAUCAUGCCUUUCGAUGUCAGGAGAUUCGACAUCUACAGGAAAGUGCCAAAGGAUCUGACCCAGCCCACAUACACGGGAGCUUUCAUUUCCAUCCUCUGCUGCUUCUUCAUCGUCUUCCUGUUCCUGUCUGAGCUGACGGGCUUCAUAGCCACAGAAUUAGUAAAUGAACUGUAUGUAGAUGAUCCAGAUAAGGACAGUGGUGGGAAGAUAGAAGUGAGUUUAAACAUCAGUUUGCCACACUUACACUGUGAUUUGGUGGGUUUGGACAUCCAGGACGAGAUGGGCCGCCACGAGGUCGGUCACAUCGACAACUCCAUGAAGAUUCCUCUCAACCAGGGCGACGGUUGUCGCUUCGAGGGAGAGUUCAGCAUCAACAAAGUACCUGGAAACUUCCAUGUGUCAACGCACAGCGCCACAGCGCAGCCCCAAAGCCCGGACAUGACCCACAACAUCCACAAGCUGGCAUUUGGAGAAAAGCUCCAGGUACGAAAAGUACAAGGGGCCUUCAACGCGUUGGGAGGAGCUGACAAGCUUUCAUCCAAUCCUCUGGCGUCACAUGACUACAUCCUGAAGAUUGUACCGACGGUGUAUGAAGACCUAUCGGGCAGACAGAGGUUCUCCUACCAGUACACGGUAGCCAACAAGGAGUACGUCGCUUACAGCCACACGGGCAGAAUCAUCCCGGCCAUCUGGUUCAGAUACGACCUCAGUCCCAUCACAGUCAAGUACACGGAGAGGAGACAGCCCUUCUAUCGCUUCAUAACAACAAUCUGUGCCAUCGUCGGCGGAACCUUCACAGUCGCGGGAAUCAUCGACUCCUGUAUAUUCACCGCUUCGGAGGCCUGGAAGAAGAUCCAGAUCGGGAAAAUGUCUUGAGGACGGCUCUCCACUCCUUCCCUGCACCUUUAUUUAUAAGUGCAAGGUUGCUAGCCUGUUAGCUAAAUCCUACCCACCUCCUUUUUGGAGGUGAUUUGCGACCUCGAUUUAACUACCAGGCUACACGGCGGCGUCUGCUCUUUAAACUCCUCUUAGGCGCCGUCUGCUGUGUCCACGCAGUCCGUCACUUGCAUGCUUCCUCCGUCUUCGUGUCAGGAGAGGAGAGGGGGGGGGGGGGGGGCUAUUUUGUUACUGUGGAGAUGAAGUAUUGUGUGUCAGGGUCCAACCAGUAUUUGAACUCUGGACUAAAAAAAAAGAAGAAAAAAACUGAUUCAAUCUUUUUUAUUUUUGUUAUGACCCUGUGGCCAAAUUCCCCACUCAAAGGGGGAAUUUUCAAGCUCUAGCUGAAUGAUGCCAGUCUAACUACUCUGAUUCCUCUGCUGCAAAAGGCGAUUCUCAUUUGAAAGAGAGGUUCUGCUUAGUAAGACCAGACUGAACUUUAUUGUGUUGCCGUAGGUUACGUUGUCCAUAAGACGGCAUUUUGACAUAUUUCCAGCCAAUCUUGUCGUCUCUCCUGUUUUCUCAUUUUCCUUUUGGUUUCACUUCGGAUUACCAUCACAUCUCAUUUGUCUGUUUCAAUGGCUUUUGUUACAUACUUGGUAGAUUUACUUUUUAAGAGAUUUCUUUUAAAAUAAAGUGUUCAUUGUUUAUCUUUCAAUGUAUACCAACAUUUCAUUAAUGUUUGAUUUCCAAUUUUUUCCAAUCCAUUUGAAUACUUGCAAACGUGUCUUUUUAUUUUAUUUUUUUGCAAGCUUUUCUGGUUUUUCUUUUACACAGUACAUGAACUGAGUUUCUAUGAAGCUGUAAAUUAUUAAGAAGUUUUGGUUUAGUGAAGACGGAACUUGUAGGCCAAGGCUUUUUACCUAAUUUUUCUUUCCUUUUAUACUGUUGUUUGAUAACCCUGAUGGAACAGAGAUAAAUACAAGCCCUCAUAAACUGGUCUUUUUCUA